UCUCCCUCUCAGUCUCCAGCUUCUCUCUCUCUCUGUCCCUCUCUCUCUGUCUGUCUGUCUCUCUCGUUCUCUCACUGUCGGGCGGAGUCGCCCACCACCGCCAGCCCAGUGCUAGGGGGACCUGGUCCAGGCUGUAGCUGCAGGACCCGACACCCUCCAUGGCUCCCCUGGCCUUAGUGGGGUUUGCGCUCCUCCUGGGGACAUCCCCGUGCUCAGGGGCGGCCACCCCAACCCCCUCUCUGCCACCUCCCCCGGCCAAUGACAGCGAUAUGAGCACAGGGGGCUGCCAGGGCUCCAACCGCUGCCAGCCCGGGGUCCUGCUGCCCGUCUGGGAGCCCGAUGACCCGUCGCUGGGUGACAAGGCGGCGCGGGCCGUGGUCUACUUCGUGGCCAUGGUUUACAUGUUCCUGGGCGUGUCCAUCAUCGCCGACCGCUUCAUGGCGUCCAUUGAGGUCAUCACGUCGAAGGAGAAGGAAAUCACCAUCACCAAGGCCAACGGUGAGACCAGCGUGGGCACUGUCCGCAUCUGGAAUGAGACCGUGUCCAACCUCACGCUCAUGGCCCUGGGCUCCUCCGCCCCCGAGAUCCUGCUGUCCGUCAUCGAGGUCUGUGGCCACAACUUCCAGGCGGGCGAGCUGGGCCCGGGCACCAUCGUGGGCAGUGCCGCCUUCAACAUGUUUGUGGUCAUCGCCGUGUGCAUCUAUGUCAUCCCAGCCGGCGAGAGCCGCAAGAUCAAGCACUUGAGAGUCUUCUUCGUCACUGCCUCUUGGAGUAUCUUCGCCUACGUCUGGCUUUACCUCAUCCUUGCUGUCUUUUCCCCGGGUGUGGUCCAGGUGAGCAAGGACCCAUACGCGUCGCGCCGCUCCUCGCCCGCCGACGGCCCCGGCGAGGACGAGGACGACGGCGCCAGCCGCAUCUACUUCGAGCCCAGCCUCUACCACUGCCUGGAGAACUGCGGCUCCGUGCUGCUGUCCGUCACCUGCCAGGGCGGGGAGGGCAACAGCACCUUCUACGUGGACUACCGCACCGAGGACGGCUCCGCCAAGGCCGGCUCCGACUACGAGUACAGCGAGGGCACGCUGGUGUUCAAGCCGGGCGAGACCCAGAAGGAGCUGCGCAUCGGCAUCAUCGACGACGACAUCUUCGAGGAGGACGAGCACUUCUUCGUGCGGCUGCUGAACCUGCGCGUGGGAGACGCGCAGGGCAUGUUCGAGCCCGACGGCGGCGGGCGGCCCAAGGGACGGCUGGUGGCGCCACUGCUGGCCACCGUCACCAUCCUGGACGACGACCACGCGGGCAUCUUCUCCUUCCAGGACCGCCUGCUGCACGUGAGCGAGUGCAUGGGCACCGUGGACGUGCGCGUCGUGCGCAGCUCGGGCGCGCGGGGCACCGUGCGCCUCCCGUACCGCACGGUGGACGGCACGGCGCGCGGCGGCGGCGUGCACUACGAGGACGCGUGUGGCGAGCUCGAGUUCGGCGACGACGAGACCAUGAAAACUCUUCAGGUAAAGAUAGUUGAUGACGAGGAAUAUGAGAAAAAGGAUAAUUUCUUCAUCGAGUUGGGCCAGCCACAGUGGCUGAAGCGAGGGAUUUCAGCUCUGCUGCUCAAUCAAGGGGAUGGGGACAGGAAGCUGACAGCUGAGGAGGAGGAGGCUCGGAGGAUAGCAGAGAUGGGCAAACCAGUUCUGGGAGAAAACCGCCGACUGGAGGUCAUCAUCGAGGAGUCAUACGAUUUUAAGAACACGGUCGAUAAACUCAUCAAGAAAACCAACUUGGCCUUGGUGAUUGGGACCCAUUCGUGGAGGGAACAGUUUUUAGAGGCAGUUACAGUGAGCGCAGGGGACGAGGAGGAGGAGGAGGACGGGUCCCGGGAGGAGCGGCUGCCUUCCUGCUUCGACUACGUCAUGCACUUCCUGACGGUGUUCUGGAAGGUGCUCUUCGCCUGCGUGCCCCCCACGGAGUACUGCCACGGCUGGGCCUGCUUCGGUGUCUGCAUCCUGGUCAUCGGCCUGCUCACCGCCCUCAUCGGGGACCUCGCCUCGCACUUCGGCUGCACCGUCGGCCUCAAGGACUCUGUCAACGCCGUGGUCUUCGUGGCCCUGGGCACCUCCAUCCCUGACACGUUCGCCAGCAAGGUGGCGGCGCUGCAGGACCAGUGCGCCGACGCGUCCAUCGGCAACGUGACGGGCUCCAACGCUGUGAACGUGUUCCUGGGCCUGGGCGUGGCCUGGUCGGUGGCCGCCGUGUACUGGGCGGUGCAGGGCCGCCCGUUCGAGGUGCGCACCGGCACGCUGGCCUUCUCCGUCACGCUCUUCACCGUCUUCGCCUUCGUGGGCAUCGCCGUGCUGCUGUACCGGCGCCGGCCGCACAUCGGGGGCGAGCUGGGCGGCCCGCGCGGCCCCAAGCUCGCCACUACCGCGCUCUUCCUGGGCCUCUGGUUCCUGUACAUCCUUUUCGCCAGUCUCGAGGCGUACUGCCACAUCCGGGGCUUCUAGGCCCGCCUCGCCCUCCCCCAGAGACUCGGCUGCCCCUGCUUCGGACCCGCGUCUCCUUUGUCCCCCGGAGAGAUCCGGCCUCCUCUCUCCUGGGCCUCAGCCUCCCUUCCUCCCGGGGAACUCAUAUCCCUGCCCUCUGCCCCCACUAACAUCUUCCUCCCUUGCCCUCUGGAGUGCCCCCGAGGUACCCACAAGGGCAGCCCGUCCCUGGUCCCUGGUAGUCAUUGUACACACCCCCUGGGGACAUUCCCACCUCGAGGCCCCUCCUCAGAGAACCGCCCCCUUCUCCCGGGACCUUCUAGAGAAUCUAACAUCCGUCUCCCUACGCACCCAGCCUUGCCCUAUUCCUUAAGGUCCCCUUCCUCUAGAGGACCCACCACCGCCACCGCCACCGGGGACCUGUGCCCAGAGCCUCGGAACCCAGCCCUCCCUGGGGGGCCUUUGAAGGAGGCUGACCCAUCCCAGGAGGUCCCUGAUCUCGGCCCUUCUCCCCAGCCCUCAGGGAGCUCUGUUCAGCCCCCGAGGGUGGGGCGGGGAACAGGUAGGUGCGUGCAGAAGGGGCCACACCUUCCCUGAUUUCUCCGCUCAGGCCCUUGGGAGGACACGGAAUUCUCGAGGCUUGGAGAAGGGAGGGGAGAGGCUCGGGGUUUCAGAGCUGGAGAAGGCACAUUUGAACCUGCAACUUCUCACAUUCCAGCGCCCCCGCUCGCCUCCACUACCUCUGAGAGCCCAGCCACACAUUGGAGGGGGGGGGCUGUGUGUAUAUAUAGUGUGUUUGGGGGAGGGGGGACACGGGAGGGUGCAUGUCUUGGGGAAAGGGGGUGACAGACUUUCCUUUUGCGAGGGCAGCAGACUCCCCCAGCCAUGAGAAUUGGCUUUGGGGAGGAGGCCAGGAAUCAAAGAGAGUCCAGCCAUCUCCCCUGACAAUCUAGAAGGCUCAUUUUGCCCUCAGUGCCAGCCUAUCCGGGCAGGACCCUCGAAGAGGAAACCGAGGGUCCCAGAGGACCAAUGCUACAAGCCAGCAAAUGCUGCCACAUCUCUGCCUGAUGGGGAGCAGGGGUGGGAGGUAGGGUGGGACUGGGGCCAGGGGGUCUGGGUGGGCAUUUUUAACUUCGGAGGCCACCCAUCUGUUGGUAGGCCAUCUGCAUUUUCUUACUGUUUUUUCCUGCCCAAAGGACACAAUUGGGGUGUGCGGAGUGCUGCCCACUUCUUGGGACCCUGAGGAUCACCCAGCAACCCCCAUAACACCCUGCUUCCCACAGGUUUUUAGCGUUCUCUCGUCCUGUUGUGCAUCACCCCAACAUCCAGGACCUGUUGCCAUUCCCCUUUCUCUAUUCCUAGCUCAUCAGCCCCUGUCGUUGUCUCUUCUCUGUGGUUUCUGCACAAGUUGCCAUAAAACUUUGAAAUUCUGCCUGAAACAAAACGGCCUUCCCGUGACAAGUUGGGAUUCUAGAGGGAGCUAAUGAGGUCUCUGACUAAGAUGCGGGCAACUGUGAAACAGACCAGGCACUCCGGGUUUCUCCACGCGGGACGCCCACACGCACCUGCCCCUCCAAACGUCCACACUAGCUUCUCGUAGCCACGCCCCACGCCCCACCCAGUUCCCUAGCCACGCCCCCACGCCCCACCCAGUUCCCCUGACCACGCCCCUACCCCACCUGCCACCAACUAUUCCCUUUCACUGGGCAUCUUGGGAACACAAAAGAGCAGGAUCCAGAUUUGCCUGAUCAGAGGAGCUGGGGUUGAUGGGAAUUUCCCAAAUAAAGCAAGUAAUUUUCUCAGAA